AUGGGCUUUACUCUGCACUCUGCCUCUUUCACCCUGAAGGUGAGCUUAUUGCUGGGCUCUUUUCUCAGCCUGUGUCUUGGGCUAGAGUUCAUGGGCCUCCCCAGUCAGUGGGCACGUUACCUCCGCUGGGAUGCCAGCACCAGGAGUGACCUCAGCUUCCAACUGAAGACCAACGUCUCAGCUGGGUUGCUCCUCUACUUCGACGAUGGUGGCGUCUGCGACUUUCUCUGCUUGUCCCUGGUUGAUGGGCGUAUUCAGCUCCGAUUCAGUGUGGACUGUGCUGAGGCCAUAGUUGUCACAGAUAAGCAGGUCAAUGACAGCAACCUUCACUUCCUGAUGGUCAGUCGCAACCACCUCCGGACAGUUCUUGUGCUGGAUGGUGAAGCCAAGCCUGGAGAGGUGCGUCCACAGCGCCAAUACAUGAAUAUUGUCAGUGACCUUUUUAUGGGAGGCGUCCCGUCAGACAUCCGUCCUGCAGCCUUGACCCUUGACAGUGUCCUGGGUGAGCCACCAUUUAAAGGAUUUAUUUUGGACCUAAAGUAUGGCAGUUCAGAACCACAGCUCCUGGGUCACCAAGGGGUCCGCCUGGACAUGGAAGGGUUAUGUACAGAGAACCCUUGUGAGAAUGGUGGAAAUUGCUUCCUUCUUGAUGGCCAGCCACAGUGUGAUUGCUCGGCCACUGGAUAUGUUGGGAGAUUCUGUUCUGAAGAUGUCAGUCGUGUUCCAGGACUUUCACACCUGAUGAUGGGUGAACAAGGUAGAAGUAAAGCAAGAGAUGAGAAUGUAGCCACGUUCCGUGGGUCUGAAUACCUGUGCUACGACCUCUCCCAGAACCCCAUCCAAAGCAGCAGUGAUGAGAUCACCCUCUCCUUCAAGACAUGGCAGCGCAACGGGCUUAUCUUGCACACGGGCAAGUCAGCCGAUUACGUCAACUUGGCUCUGAAAGAUGGCGCAGUCUCGUUGAUCAUUAACCUGGGGUCUGGAGCCUUCGAGGCCAUUGUGGAGCCAGUCAGUGACCGUGGCAAAUUUAACGACAACAUCUGGCAUGAAGUUAAAGUGACCCGCAACCUGCGGCAGCACUCAGGCAUUGGACACGCUAUGGUGACAAUCUCUGUGGAUGGAAUUCUCACCACCACGGGCUACACCCAAGAGGACUACACCAUGCUAGGCUCUGAUGACUUCUUCUACGUGGGUGGGAGCCCCAGUACAGCUGAUUUACCUGGUUCUCCUAUCAGCAACAACUUCAUGGGCUGCCUCAAAGAGGUUGUUUAUAAGAAUAAUGAUAUCCGUCUAGAGCUGUCUCGCUUGGCAAGGAUUGGUGACACAAAGAUGAAAAUCUAUGGAGAGGUGAAGUUCACAUGUGAAAAUGUGGCCACACUGGACCCCAUCAACUUUGAGACACCUGAGGCCUACAUUAGCCUGCCUAAAUGGAACACUAAGCGAAUGGGUUCCAUCUCCUUUGACUUCCUCACCACAGAGCCUAAUGGCCUCAUACUCUUUACUCAUGGGAAGCCACAGGAGAGAAAGGAUUCCAGGAGCCAGAAGAAUACCAAAGUGGAUUUCUUUGCCGUGGAACUCUUAGAUGGGAACCUCUACCUUCUUCUUGAUAUGGGCUCUGGAACUGUCAAAGUCAAGGCCACUCAGAGGAAAGCAAAUGAUGGAGAAUGGUACCAUGUUGAUAUCCAAAGAGAUGGAAGAUCGGGUACCAUAUCAGUGAACAGCAGACGAACACCAUUCACUGCUAGUGGAGAAAGCGAAAUCCUGGAUCUAGAAGGGGACAUGUACCUGGGAGGACUGCCUGAAAAUCGGGCAGGCCUCGUACUUCCUACUGAGCUCUGGACAGCCAUGCUGAAUUACGGCUAUGUGGGCUGCAUCCGAGACCUCUUCAUUGAUGGGAGGAGCAAGAACAUUCGGCAGCUAGCAGAGCAGCAGAAUGCAGCUGGGGUCAAAUCUUCCUGCUCACGACUGAAUACCAAGCACUGUGACAGCUACCCCUGUAAGAACAAUGCUGUCUGUAAGGAUGGCUGGAACCGUUUCAUCUGUGACUGUACUGGUACUGGCUACUGGGGGAGAACAUGUGAGCGGGAGGCUUCCAUCCUGAGCUAUGACGGCAGCAUGUACAUGAAGAUCAUCAUGCCUAUGGUUAUGCACACAGAGGCAGAGGAUGUGUCCUUCCGCUUCAUGUCCCAGCGUGCUUAUGGGCUGUUAAUGGCCACCACCUCACGUGAUUCAGCUGAUACUCUACGCCUAGAGCUGGAUGGAGGCCGUGUGAAACUCAUGGUCAAUCUAGACUGUAUCAGGAUAAACUGUAACGCCAGUAAAGGACCAGAGACCCUUUAUGCUGGUCAGAAACUCAAUGACAAUGAGUGGCACACAGUCCGUGUGGUGCGUCGUGGAAAGUCUCUUAAACUGACCGUGGAUGAUGAUGUCGCUGAAGGUACAAUGGUUGGUGACCAUACCCGCUUGGAGUUCCACAACAUUGAGACUGGGAUAAUGACAGAGAAGCGUUACAUCUCGGUCAUUCCAUCCAGCUUCAUUGGUCACCUCCAGAGCCUCAUGUUCAAUGGCCUUCUCUACAUUGACCUGUGCAAGAAUGGUGACAUUGACUACUGUGAACUGAAAGCCCGCUUUGGGCUUCGUAAUAUCAUUGCUGAUCCUGUUACCUUUAAGACCAAGAGCAGCUAUUUGAGUUUAGCAACUUUGCAAGCCUACACCUCCAUGCACCUGUUUUUCCAGUUCAAGACGACCUCUGCAGAUGGCUUCAUCCUUUUCAACAGUGGGGAUGGAAAUGAUUUCAUUGCAGUUGAAUUGGUCAAAGGGUACAUACAUUAUGUGUUUGACCUUGGGAAUGGACCUAAUGUCAUUAAGGGUAAUAGUGAUCGGUCUUUGAAUGACAACCAGUGGCAUAACGUAGUCAUCACCCGAGACAACAGCAAUACCCACAGCUUAAAAGUGGACACCAGGGUUGUGACUCAGGUUAUCAAUGGUGCCAAAAAUCUUGAUCUUAAGGGUGAUCUUUACAUUGCUGGCCUCUCUCAAGGAAUGUACAGCAACCUUCCAAAGUUGGUGGCCUCCCGCGAUGGCUUUCAGGGCUGCCUUGCGUCAGUAGACUUGAAUGGCCGUCUGCCAGAUUUAAUUAAUGAUGCUCUACACCGCAGUGGGCAGAUCGAGCGUGGAUGUGAAGGACCAAGCACCACCUGCCAAGAAGAUUCCUGUGCCAACCAAGGCAUCUGCAUCCAGCUGUGGGAAGGCUUCACUUGUGACUGUAAUAUGACAUCAUACUCUGGGAGUCAAUGCAAUGACCCUGGUGCCACGUAUAUCUUUGGGAAAAGUGGAGGCCUCAUCCUCUACACCUGGCCAGCAAAUGACAGACCCAGCACGAGGACGGACCGCCUAGCAGUCGGGUUCAGCACAACGGUGAAAGAUGGCAUCUUGGUUCGGAUUGACAGUGCCCCUGGCCUUACUGACUUUCUGCAGCUUCACAUAGAACAAGGCAAGAUCGGUGUAGUCUUCAACAUUGGCACUGUAGAUAUCUCCAUCAAAGAAGAGAGCACCCCUGUGAAUGAUGGUAAAUACCAUGUUGUGCGCUUUACACGAAACGGUGGCAAUGCAACUCUUCAGGUGGAUGGCUGGCCAGUGAACGAGCACUAUCCUUCAGGCAACACUGAUACUGCGUUCCAAUUGGUAAAACCGAAAAUCCCCUUCAAAUAUAACCGGCCCGUAGAGGAAUGGCUGCAGGAAAAAGGACGACAGUUAACGAUCUUCAACACCCAGGCGAAAAUAGCCAUUGGAGGAAAAGACAGAGGGCGUCUCUUCCAAGGCCAGCUCUCCGGUCUCUAUUACAAUGGCUUGAAAGUGUUGAACAUGGCAGCAGAGAACAACCCCAACAUCAAGAUCAACGGAAGUGUACGGCUUGUUGGAGAAGUACCAUCCAUCGUGGGAACGGCACCCACAACUUCCAUGCCCCCAGAGAUGUCAACAACAGUAAUGGAAACGACUACUACUAUGGCCACCACCACGACUCGAAAAAAUCGUUCCACUCCCACCAUUCAGGACUCCACACAGGAAGAUACAACAGAUGACCUCGUUUCAUCAGCGGAAUGUUCCAAUGAUGAUGAAGACCUCAUUGAAUGUGAGCAGAGUGUAGGAGGUGAAUUAGUUAUCCCUCUUCUUGUAGAAGACCCUUUAGAUAUCCCUUCUAUUGCUACUCGUGCACCUUCCAUUACACUCCCCACUACCUUCCGCCCCCUCCUCACCAUUAUUGAGACCACCAAAGAUUCCCUGUCCAUGACCUCUGAGGCGGGGUUACCUUGCUUGUCGGACCAAGGCAGCGAUGGUUGUGAUGAUGAUGGCUUGGUGAUAUCUGGGUAUGGCUCAGGGGAAACCUUUGACUCUAACCUACCCCCUACUGAUGAUGAAGAUUUUUACACCACCUUCUCCUUGGUAACAGAUAAGAGUCUUUCCACUUCAAUCUUCGAAGGUGGCUACAAAGCACACGCACCCAAGUGGGAAUCCAAGGACUUUAGACCUAACAAAGCCUUCGAAACUGGUAGGACUACUACCACAUCUUUGUCCCCUGAGCUGAUCCGCUCCACAGCUUCGUCCUCGACUGGGAUGGUGCCCAAAUUGCCAGCCGGCAACAUGAAUAACCGUGACCUCAAACCCCAGCCUGACAUAGUCUUGCUUCCGUUGCCCACUGCCUAUGAGCUAGACAGCACAAAACUGAAGAGCCCGCUAAUAACUUCCCCCAUGUUCCGUAAUGUGCCCACAGCAAACCCCACGGAGCCAGGAAUCAGACGGGUUCCGGGGGCCUCAGAGGUGGUCCGUGAGUCGAGCAGCACAACGGGGAUGGUCGUCGGCAUUGUGGCUGCUGCUGCCCUCUGCAUCCUGAUCCUCCUGUACGCCAUGUACAAGUACAGGAACAGGGACGAGGGGUCCUAUCAGGUGGAUGAGACGCGGAACUACAUCAGCAACUCGGCCCAGAGUAACGGCACGCUCAUGAAGGAGAAACAGCAGAGCACAAAGAGCGGCCACAAGAAACAGAAAAACAAGGACAAAGAAUAUUACGUGUAA